AUGCCUGCAGAAGUGAAUCUCCCAUCUCGCCCAGCUCCUUGUCCUCAAACACAAGUCAAUCAACAAACCACCCAGCCACUCACACUUGAUCAACCUCCAUCAACCACCCAACAUACGACUACCAAUGCCACCGGUACCGCAAACCAAAAACGCAGUGGACGCCAACCUGGAUCUCAAGGUUACAGUGGGGCAGAUUGCACGGCACUGGUUGCUAUCGUAAAGGAUGUUCUCCCCCUUGGGAGUAACAAGUGGGACAAUGUACAUUUCAAGUACUCCCAAUACGCAAUGGCAAAUGGACAAACCGUUCGCGAUGUCGAACCAUUGAAGACCAAGGAGGCCAAGCGGGUCAACUUGUUGAUAAAGGAUCGAGCAAAGAAUCUCGCAUUUGUUGAUGAAGAUGGUGAUGAAGAAGUUGAAAGUGACGAUGAGAGAAAUGGAGUUGGGAACCCAAUUCCCCUCUCACCUGAUGAUACGCUUCUCUUGGGCUGGGAUGCGACACACCCUGAGCUUCCUGUUGAUCCAGCCAAUACCAGCGUUGAGGAGAGCGAUUCGGUGGCGCCGAGUGGGACCGGAAUGGCAACCCAAGCACCAAGUACCAAUGUGGGUGAUUUGGGUGCAAGAGAUGUGGCUAACAGCUCACAUCGGGAUUGCAAUACCCUUGUGCAUUGCACCCAAUCUUGCUUGAGUGGCUCAACUGGAACAUUGCCAAUCGACUCGUCUAAUUGUCGCUCUAGGAGCUCGCAGGCAAGUGGCCUUCACGAUUCGCUAGCUGCAUACUUCAAUCCGGAAGCGUGUGAAGCUCGUGAGCGUGAAAGCAGCAUGACUCAAUUUUACGAGGUCCGACUUCAAGAGGCGACGGCUACGAUUAACCGAUUGCAGGAUGAGGCAACAAAACUCCGCAAGGGCAUCAAUAUGCAAGUGCUUCGUUUGCAAGACGACCUUGAGAAGGCUAGAAGCGAAGUAGCGCAGAAGAAUAGUGAGAAUCAAGAGUUAUGUCAUCGACUUGAGAUGAUGCAACUUUGGAUGGAGUUCCAAUCUCAUUCUUUCUUUCAACCGGGCAUGAUCUCGUCAAACAUGGCCCAGGGCUUGAUGAAUCCAAACUUGAACGCCACCAACCAAGCACAACCGAAUGUUGCUCCCGCAUUUCUCCAUCCUUCAGGCAUCCCGGUUCAAGGAAAUAUCACGGCGAGUUACAUCCAACCAAACGGGAACCAUACGAUAAUGAGAGGGUUUGCUCCAACAAGUGCCCUUGGGAACCCUCCACCAACUACCUUUGGCACUAAUACAACAGGGGCCCAACAGUGGGACUCUACUGGUGUGGCACCAAAUCAAUCGACCAAAUAG